UGUUGUCAAUGCGCAAACACAUGGUUUUCCCUAUCGCACACGCUCACCGAAAAGGUUGUGCGUGUGUUGUUAUCAUUUUAAUUCAGACGACAAACGUAUCUGUAAGAGUUGAGCUAAAAAGGAAUUCAAACCACGGUUAAAUGUAGCGCAGUGUACGAACAUCUUUCCAACGUAAAACAGUGAUUACCCUUGCCUAACGUAUCAUGCCCUGGGAACGACCGGACAACGUGCCUUACCCGAACGUUUGGUGGACGUUCGAUGCACCCGAUCCGGACCGUGAGGAUGGUGCGUUGGCUACGUACCGGGUGGAGGAUUUGACGGAAGAUCGGUUCGAAGAUGCCGUCAAGCUGUACACCGAGCAUUUUCUGGACGAUGAACCGCUUUGUUCGUAUGGUCGGGUGCGGCACAAUGCUCUGUCGUACGAGGAGGUUGUCAAAUUCUGGAUGCACGUUUUUAGCGAGAAGAUGACCAUAGUGUGCUACAAGGAAGGAUCCAAAGAGCUGGUGGGGGCCAACUUGCUGGCAGUGAAGUGUGUCAACGAUAAAACAGAUAUAGCCAGUUUGAUCACUUCCGAAAGUAUGCAAAAAUUGGUCGCCGUUAAUGAGUACAUGACCGACACGGUGAACCUGUUCGAGCGGUACGGUGUCGAUAAGUAUCUGACGGCAUACGGUCUUAGCGUAAGCAAUCGCUACCGAGGACGAGGAAUUGCCACUGAGAUACUUAAAGCCCGUAGACCGAUUUGCCGUGCGUUUGGCUUACGUCUGUCGAGCACCAAUUUUACCGCCAUCGGUUCUCAGAUACCUGCCGCGAAGAUAGGCUUUCAAACGGACCUGGAGAUGAUGUACGAUGAUUUUGUGAAAGUCAACCCGUCGUACACAUUUGAAGGCAUUAAGAGCAAAAGCAUAAAGCUGAUGAGCUUGCAGAUCGAAUGAGCAGUAUCCUCGGGAUGAAGUGUGAGAAAGUUGUGGAGCAGCUGAACUUAAUGUAGUUACAUAGAAUAAAUAACAAUUUGCCAAUGUUUAGUAAUGUGAACGUACCGGUACUUUUGCUAGAUAGUGCGAUAACAGGACGUUAUCUAGAUGAUGGUGCACGUUUGAUAUGCUCACAACAAGUGACUGUUGGCUACUGAGCUUGGGUGACAACAACCUUCGCACAGCUGUGAACAUUUUCGGGCAUGGUGUAAUCUAGAGAACAUUGUACUAAUCCAUUCAUGGUGCCAUUUCAUAAUGAAUCAUGCCAUACUGUUUCUAACAUAUGUAAUUAUCAUCAAAGUACAGAUACAGCUAGCUGAUACGUUGGGGCGAAAAAUCAGUUAAUUGUACUGAAUUCACAUGCUCUGUAAAUUAAUAUAUAAUUUAGCAUGCGAUGUAGAAUAGUAGUUUAAGCACCUUUCUAAAUCUUUUUCCUAGUAAUUUAUAGCUUUUCCUUAAAUUCUGUUCAGCCGAGCAUGCUUGAAUGAUGAUUUAAAAAUAAGAUUGGAGUAAAUUUUAGCAUCACUGUCGUAAUAUCAUGAAAUUUUUAGAUAAUACUGGUCAAGUUCAAUCUACUUCCAAAAAAACAACAAAAAGAGUCUAUAGAAUAGGUCUUCAAACAACCGCUCUCAGGCCAAAUGUUAGCAAUUAUAAUCGAUAAGAUAUUUGACUGUUUUUUUUAUCAUG